UAUUCUAAAGAAUCCGCCAAGCCAAUUAGCCAAAAAUAUCCAAAGUCGGUACUUUUCUCUUCACUUUUCCUUCCCGAAGUGGACUUUUAACAAUAAAUAAUCCCGCAUCCUAUCAAAUAUCUCGCAACAGUUGAUUGGGAUCCAGCUUCUUCCUCUCAAAUCUUCAUAAUUGUUGUCAAGGGUUGGAUGUUUCUCUAAAAAUCAUUUUACUUGUAAAUUUUUGUAUAGCUUUAUGGGAGAGGAAGUGAGAAUUACAGGCUACGAUGUCGGUGGCGGCGAUGAGCAUGACGGUCGAGUUCUGGAGUGGGAGGCAGGAUUGCCGAACAUAGAUGAUCUCAUGCCGUUAUCACAGUCGAUGACCUCUGCUGAUUUCUUGUCGGCGUUCAGCAUCUCACCGGAGCCUUACCGGAGUAUGUUUGACGUCAAUCGUGCAUCUCAGAACACGAUUUCAAAUCUCCGAGGGGAGUUGGAACAACAGUCGUUGAACAAAUUAAAUAGUUUGAAGUCGUUUGGUGAUUAUGAUAAAGGAGAUGAGAUGGUUGUGGAAGGCGACGAAACCACCGACCUAACCCGCGGUGCUUCGGAUUUGCAGAAAUUACAGAGAAUCGAUGAUGGAGGUGGAGCUGGAGAGGAAAUCGACUCCGCUUUGCUCGCGGAUGAUGAUUCUUCGGCUAGGGCAUCCAAGCGACCUCGUCUGGCCUGGACGCCUCAAUUACAUAAACGAUUCGUUGAUGUUGUAGCGCAUUUGGGCGUGAAGAACGCCGUCCCCAAAACUAUUAUGCAGUGGAUGAAUGUUGAAGGAUUGACGCGUGAGAACGUCGCGAGUCAUCUUCAGAAGUACAGGCUAUAUCUGAAGAGGAUGCAUAUCCAAGGUCCUUCGUCUUCGGAUCACCUUUUCGCUUCAACUCCGGUUCCUCAGAACUUACACGAAUCCGGCGCCGGUGGUACUGUUAAUGGGCAUCAUCACGCUCCAGGGGCUAUUCCGAUGCAUUACCACUCACAGAUGGUUUCCAUGCCUUAUCCAUCACCGCAGAUGGAUCCUAAUUCUGCAGGUGGUGAUGGUGGAGGUGCUUACCACCAUGGGUUUGAGUCCCAUUCGUAUCCAUAUAACAUGACAACGCAGCAGAGAGAUUGGUCAGCCUAUCAGCAUCAUAUGACUUCUAACGAUAAAUAGAAAUUCUGUACUCGUUGGAGAUUAUCUAAGCAAUGGUUUGAUGAACUUCUUCUUUUUUUUAAUCCCUUUUUGUGUAUACUUAAAUGAAUAUUGAAUCAAUCCUUCCUUCAUCUAUGUGAUUCUUAACCAAUAAUCUAAGUGUUCCUUGAUGUUUUUAAUUGAUAAAUUCUGUAUGAGGUCUUUUAAGUAUUCCACGAUUAAUCAAGUCUGAUAGAAGUUUUGGAGGUUCUAA